AUGGCGAGGAUGAAAAACAGACUAAAAUUCUUACUGAACUGUCGGAAGUGCAAGCUUGUGCCAAAGUGUCUAUGUUACAAAGUUGGCGUUUCCCUACACAGCAGCAUAUCCCGGCAGGAAAUGAAGAUUCUGGAACACCGGCAGAAAAUCAGAAUCAUCAGCCUAGUUGUUCGGGACACCAAAAGGUUACUAGAGCAACUGAAGAAUAGAAAGCGGCAUCUAUAUGAAAAGGUCCAAUGGACGCUAGAAGAAAGUGACUGGAGAGCAGUGCGCGCGAUGGUGGAGAAGAAAGCAGCAAAUGUAUAUAAUAGUACGAAACGAACCGAAAUAAAUAAGCUGAGCAACCUGAAGAGGAAAAAGAUCGAAGAGACUUGUCAGCAACCGGAGUGGAUAGAGAAUAAGACAAACCAUGAAAUCCCCGACUAUUUGGAACGAACGCUUCUUCUUGGACCGAACUUCAACAUACAAAGCAAGAGUUCUAUCCCAUACGUUCGACUCGUUGCCGAUGUAGAAACUGCUAUAAAGAGCAAACCACAAGCCGACGACAUCAGAGCAGAAGUAUCUACGAUCAUAUCCAACUAUGUCAACUACCAAAACCAACCACGGACGAAGGAGAAUGACUGGAUACACAAAGACAUUGUACGAAGUAGAAAGUUUUUGCGAGAGAACCCAGACAUCUAUGUUAUAAAAGCCGAUAAAGGGAACAAGACAGUUCUAAUGUCCGGCACCGAAUACCACGAAAAAAUGACCACAAUGGUAAAUGAUGCGUCCACGUACAAGCAACGGAAAGACAAUCCAUCGAACCGAGUGCUAAAAAUGUUAAACAGCAUAAUAGAACAGUGGUGGUUAGACCAGCACAUCGACAGAGCGACGAAACACAAGCUUAAGAUGUACAACUGCACCCCACCGCGAAUCUAUGGACUCCCCAAAAUUCACAAAGAAAACUGCCCCCUCCGUCCUGUGAUAUCCACCAUCGGUUCAGCAACCUACCACAUGGCUCAGUAUCUAUCGGGAAUUUUAAACAAUUUAGUGGGAAAAACGGAGUACCACGUUCGCAACAGCUUCGAAUUCGCUAAGGAGAUAUCCAAGAUACGGGUACCGGAAGGAUGUGUAAUGUAUUCAUUAGAUGUGGUAUCCCUAUACACUAAUAUACCUGUCAAUAAAGUGUAUGAGUACGUCGAAGAAAGAUGGAAUGAAGUAGCACAAACAACCACUAUUCCUUGGGACAGUUUUAAACAAGCAAUGAAAACUGUACUAGAAGCUUCCUUUUUUCAGUAUGACGGAAAGUUCUACGACCAAAUAUUUGGAGUGCCCAUGGGAUCCCCCCUCUCUCCCGUCGUUGCUAACAUUGUUAUGGAAAAAUUAGAGAGAGAGGCCCUCGAGGGAUUGAAGCAAAAGGGAAUAUCGCUGAUAGUGCAGAAAACAGGACGGUAUUUGGACUACACAUCGGAGAGCCCAUACACGCACAAGAAGAACACCGCAAUUGCACUUAUGGACCGAGCACUAAAACUCACGGAUGCGAACAAAAGGGAAGAGAGCAUAACAGAGGCAUCUAACAUACUACGCGCCAACAACUAUCCGGAACACAUCAUAAAAAGUGUGCUUAAACAGCGGGUAGACAUACUCUACAACACCCUACAAACCAGGAGCGCAGACGAGCAAACAGCAAAAUAUAUAUCCAUUCCAUAUAUCCCCUGCUUGAGCGAGAAAAUCGGCAAGGUAUUGCGCAAGAAUGACUUAAAUGCAGCAUACAAACCAAAUGACAAAAUAAAAAACACGAUCUUCACGAUGCUGAAAGAUAAAAUACCAAAAAUGCAGCAAACAAAUGUAGUCUACAGCAUUCCAUGCGGCGGAUGCACCAAUAAAGAGUACAUCGGGCAAACUUCCCAAACCCUAGAGAAACGCAUUAGCCAGCAUAAAAACUCUAUACGCACUAGCACAUCGAUAACCGGCCUAACACAACACACAAGAGAAUGUGGACACCACUUUAACUUCAACGAAACGAGAAUAUUGGAGAGAAUUAACCACGAGUCCAACAGGUUAACAGCGGAGGUUCUUCAUAUUAAGCUGAGAGAGCAAAGAGCGGUAAACCUUCAACGGGACGCCGCCAGCUUCGCCUGCACAUACAACGGUCUUCUUAAUAAGCUACGAUCGACGCGCAAUGGCACUGGUGAGAAAGAAGAGAGACGCCACCAGUGA